UGCAGCUCACUACGUCAAAAUUACCACUGUUUUUCUCCUUCUUUCCAUUCAAUUUUUCUCAUCGCGGUAUCACGUAUUCCUGCACGCGAAAAGCGAGUGCAACGGAUUUGGAAAUAAUCUAACAAUAAGUUGCGGAAGGGGUGAACUUUGACCGGGCGAUUAUAUCGACGAUACAUACAAAAUCCUCCGCCCCCUCUUAUCCUGCGAACGAGAUAGGGGUGGUAUAUUUCGAUGGUUUUGGAGUCGGCGGAAUUGGGGUAGGGGUGAAUUUAUAUAUAGGAGGUCGUUGCGGGGCGAAGGCAGCAUUCGCAUAAGAGCCACCCUCGCAAGCGCGUCGUUGGUGUUCGCAAAUAUCGUAGCUUGGAUAUUAUAUACAUAUUUAUAUAUAUUAGUAUAUACAUAUAUAUGUACAUAUUUGGGACAUGACUCUGUAGAGUUAUACCUUCGGAAUUGGAGAAAGAAAAAAAAAUAUUCGUGUAUAUAUUAUUGUACUACACAGGUAUACGUACCCACGUAUAAAUUCGCACAUCAGGGUCGGGGUUGAGAAGGUCAACACCGCGUUGUACGAGUUACUUCGGGCGGAAUCAAUACCUGUGACCUACACCGCGUGGUUUUACGCCAGGUGAACGCGUGGCUUUUCUAUACAUAUAACCAGAAGAAACAAGAAGAAAUUUUAACGAUACACGUAAUUGACGAAUGAAUUGAUUGACUCUUUUUACCUAUGUUUUGUGUCGGAUAAAAAGCCUCGCGGACAAGAUAUGCGGCAGUGCUGCUCGAAAGUAUUCAAAUUUCAAUUAUUCUCAUAAGAAUUCUCAUCACAACUCGACGUAGACAUUGUGCGGGUUGAAGAAUGUUGAAAAAGGCGCUCACCAAGUCCGGCCUGAGGAUCCUAAGGGCAAUAAAGAAGCUGUCGAGAAAAAAUAGACCGGCGAAUAAAUCCUCGGAAAGUAGCUGCGAGCAGUCGAAGGUUUCGUUGCGGGAAACUACUUCGUCUCGACGUUACACGAUUCCGGAACACGAAGCGAUUUCCUUAUCGUGGUCUUUGGCGUCUUUGGAUACCAAAAGCGUGGACACGUACUUGACAUCGGUUAGCGAAACGGGACCUGAUACCCCGAUGAAAAAUCUCGACAAUAAUCGCUGCUGUUGCUGCGCUGAAUACGAAGAAAAUGAAAAAAAUGAAAACAAGGAGAACGAGAUAUGUUCUUAUAGAUAGAAUAUAAAAAUUAUCGAAAAGCGAUUUUAGUUUUUUUUUUUUUUACUUCUCUUUUCAUGUUAUACGUGUACAACUUUAUACCGUUAAAAACGACGUAAUAAUUUGCUCAACCGAAAUCAUAUGCUCAUAGUUAUAAUAAUAGUUACGACGUUUAUAAAAUACCUACAGGAUUAUCAUCGAUGUAACACCCCCAAAAUGACUUCUCAAUGACGCCACUUUACGAUACAGUUGACAUAGGUGUAGCUAUAGGCCAUAAUCUUCUGUAAUUGUAAUUUUUAAGAAAGAAUAUGAUAAAAAUGCAAGAAACAUUUGAAUAGUUGGAGAAAUAAUAUUGUAAAUAAGAUGCAUGUUAUUCCGAUUGUGAAGAUGGAUGUACGAUCUUCGGGUGAGAAUGAUUGACAUAUUCUCAAAGGCUGUGAAUUUGUAGAAUUUAAAAUUGCACAAAUAACAAUACAUCGUUUAAUAUUACAUUGAAUCUUUACCUGACUCAAUACGCAUGUAUUCCUACUUUCAUCUUUUUCCUUUGCUUAGUCCUAGAGAGAAACUGUAAGCUCAAUUUUCGGCAGAGAUCCGUGUGACUCAUUUCAUCAGGUGACACGUGUUCUCUUGUCAAAAACCUGAAAAGCAAAAAAUCUAGAAACUCUGAAGCGUAAUUUUUGUAUGCACACAGCUGCUAAUAACCUAGGCACCUAACGAACUAACGGGUAUGCAAAUUAUUCAUGAAACCGAAGCUUUAUCCGCUUCAAAGCUCGGGCACGUGUGUAGGAAGGGAAUUUUCUAGUUUUUGUAAAUUGCUCUGACAAAAAAAGAGGAAAACAAAUAAUCGUCGCGCAUCUUACUGGCCCUCAGCGUUACACUGGUAACAAUAAGUACCGGUUUUUCUCCCAGAAACGGGGCGAUAAUUACGAAUAACUAUUCUGCAUUCUAUUGAAAAAAAAAGAAUAAUUCUUCGGUCCAUGUUCGACACUAAAUAAUGAGGCCAAAACGGGUUUCCGAACGAAUUAUUGUCAUCUGCACAAUCGAAAAUGUAUAGUAUACGGACUCGGAAGUUAACGGGAAUUUGGGAUAACGAGAAUUGUAUUUUCCAAUUUUCCAAUUUUCCAAUUUUUUUUUUUUUUUUUUUUUCUUUUUAUUUAAUACUGGAUUCUCGUUCUAUCUGCGUGAAAAAAAGAUGAAAACGUAUUUGAAAAAUAUUAAGGCAUUUCUCAGCGUAUACAAAUUAUUAUACUCUAAUAUAACGUUGGGUUUUUCUCUUCUUUAGUUCGUUUUUGUAUUCUUUUUUUUCCUAUGAAAUCUAAUUCGUUAGCAAAAAUUGAAUAUUUACACUGUACAAUAAUUAUUCACUAUCCGAGCUAAUUUUUGAAGACCUAUAUAUACUGGGAUAAAUAAAUAUUAUAU